GUGCGGGAGUGCGGGAGGAGGUGCUGCGCCUUCAACAACCGGGCGGGCGGGGAGCAGCGGCGGGGACAGCUGGCGAAGCUCAUGGCCGUGGUUGAGAGUCUGGACAGGGAGCACGAGGGCCGCUUCUACAGCAACGACCUCUUCCUGGAGGCCCAGCUGCUGCAGGGACGUGGGGCCUGCGAGGAGGCCUCCAGGCUGUACCUGGCCAAGGUGAGGAGACAGCUGCACAAGCAGGAGCGGGAGCUCGAGGAGAUGGACAGGCGCUGGGUGGUCAAGGCGCUCCUCAGACUCCGAGACUACAUGGACUCUCACGUCGUAAUGUCUGCCUGUGUUAUUAUCUGUGCUUUGAUUCUUCUUGCUGUUUUAAUUAACUCGUGUAUGACUUAUGGGCAAUAAGCAUUUUCAGGUGAUUUCUACGGCCAGCUUUCUUUAUCCAAGGAGACCGUCUCUGUGUAGUGUGCAGGGCAC